AUGUCCGUGUCCCCUCAAGAUCAAGUGGAUUAUUUGCGAUCCCUUCCGUCCAUACGUGACGGUUGUCACCGUGUCUUGAGGCUCGCAAAAGAAGACAAAGUACCUCAUUUUUCAGUGGUCGAGACGAAAAUUCCGGCUUUGGCUGAUUACGUCAUCGAGGUGAUUCGCCAGUCGUAUCCGACUCCAAACGAGGCCAAAGUUCCAUUUCAUUCGCGCUGGCGUCACUUUGAGACGGGCAAUCCACAUCGCGUGGAAAAGAUGACGUCAACAUGGGAUUGCGACCAGUUGGAAAAAGCUCGACGGUUACUGGACUUGGCACUAGUCAGUGUCUUACUGGACGCAGGCGCUGGCUCUCUAUGGCAAUUCAAAGAGCCAGACACGGAAGACGUUUAUAGUCGGAGUGAAGGGUUAGGGAUCGCAAGUUUCCAUAUGUUUCUCGACGGAAACUUCUCGGACAAUCGAACGAAAGAUCCGCAUCGAGUGGACGCUAAAGCUCUGACUCAUCUGUCCGAUGACGCAAUCAUUAAAGCGUUUCAAGUGACAGAAGGAAAUCCAUUGGUGGGAUGUGCUGGAAGAACGGAUCUACUCAAGCGUCUGGGCAAGAGCAUUACCAACUAUCCAGAAUUUUUCAUGGGGACGGACGGAUCGAUACGACCGGGAAAUAUGGUGGACUACCUGAUGAAACGUCAGAAUACCGAUGGAGAAAUAUCCAUUACGGAUCUCUGGAAAGUCGUGCUGCAUGGACUGCAGGAUAUUUGGCCCGAGAGCCGAACACGUAUUGGAGGUCAGAACAUGGGCGACGUGUGGGAGUUGUCUUAUUUGCCGGAACAUGAGAAAGCGGGCAAAUCUGUGAGUUUUCACAAGCUGUCGCAGUGGUUAACGUACUCUCUGAUGGAACCGCUUCAGGAUGCCGGGUUCGAAAUCACAGACCUCAAGCUAAUGACUGGUUUGCCCGAGUAUCGCAAUGGAGGGCUUUUGGUGGACUUUGGUGUGCUGGUACCAAAGUCUUCUAACAUUUUAACAGACGAGUUCGACCCAAGCACCGAAGUAAUCAUCGAGUGGCGAGCUCUUACUGUCGCAAUCUUGGACGAGCUGCACAAGGUGAUUUUGCAGAAACUUGACUUCUCUGCCGAUUUCUUUCCGCUUGUCAAGAUGCUCGAAGGGGGAAGCUGGAAAGCUGGACGAGUUAUUGCGAAGGAGAAACGCACCGACGGUGGUCCUCCCAUCAAGAUCAAAAGCGAUGGCACUGUCUUCUAA